UCCGCAGCCGUAUCUAGAAGGCUGCAUACAUUGCGAUGCCUCCGUCUAGCCCACUGCCUCAGUAUGCCUAAGCCAGAGUUGAAAAGGGCUGGAGUUUUUUUUCGCGUGUGUAGUCACUGAGCAGCUCGGGGUUUGAGUGAUCUUUACUUUCACAUACAGUUAACCAGUUAAGAUUCGUGCAAUUUCACGAUUGCGCCGAAUGAGGGAGAGGGGCAUCUGCAUUUCCGCUCCCCACCACUCUUCCCUAUUCUCUGCUGCUAGCUGCGAUUGUAAAGGUAAUGUAAUCCAGAUUGUUACUGAACGCACAGAGGGAGAAAAAAUGUUUGAAAACGUCACGUCUACCGAUGAUCACGUUUACGGAUCUUCAAUUAUCCCUUACCAUGAAGAUAGGUGGCGUACGUUUCUGCGGCCGCACUUCAGGGACUCUCUUUAUAGAAAAAUGUCAUUCCAACAAGCGGAACACGUCAGUCCGUCCACAGGUUGUGUUUCCUGGUGUGGGAGACAACGGAGCGAUCAGUUCCAACCUGCACAGCAGGAAUAACGGUCCUUCUUCAAGUCUUUAAAGGUUUUCCCUCUCCCCCUUUAAAACAAAACCUCGACUUCUUCAUGUUUCUUCAUCUUCAUCCUGCCGAUUUCUUACCAGACUUAACAAACAACACAGCCAGGACGAAGCAGGACCGUAAAGCGUCGUGAAAAGAGCCGGGGGGGACGAGCCGAUGCCGAGUCCUGGAAUCUGAUCAGACUCUUAUCAAUGAAGCAGCGGAUCAUGGCGGAUGGCCCCAGGUGUAAGAGGCGAAAACAAGCCAACCCCAGGAGGAAAAACGUUUUGAACUAUGAGAAUGUAGUGGAUACGGGUUCAGAAACAGACGAUGAAGACAAGCUUCACAUUGCAGAAGAAGACAGUAUUAUAAAUGCCCUGGACCGAGAUUCCAGUCCGGUGACUAUGCCCAACCACAAUUCUUCCCCACAUGGGAACCAAGUAUUGUUGCCAAGAGAGGAUGAAGAAAGUGAGAAGAGAGAUUGUGUCAUGGACCACACCUGGCACAGCAGGGAGACACUCCCAGUCUCAAUACAUGGUACUGAAGAAAUGAAGGAAGACUAUGACACCAUGGGGCCUGAAGCCACACUUCAGCCUAGUAGAGGUAAAGGUACAGGAAAGACUGUCGAUUGCACGUCAGAUCUCGAGGAGUAUUUUGCCAAACGGAAGCUUGAGGAAGGAGACAGCCACGCGGUUAGCAUUGCAGAAUACUUGCAGCGGAGUGACACAGCCAUUAUCUAUCCAGAAGCGCCUGAAGAACUUUCCCGGCAUGGAACACCGGAGGCCAAUGGGCAAGAAGACAAUGAGCCGCCACCUGGAACUCCAGAUGCUUUUGCCCAACUGCUGACCUGUCCAUACUGCGACCGAGGUUACAAGCGCUUGACAUCAUUGAAGGAGCACAUUAAAUAUCGACAUGAAAAGAACGAAGACAACUUUGCCUGCCCUCUGUGCAACUACACAUUUGCCUACCGCACCCAGCUUGAGCGACAUAUGGCUACGCACAAGCCAGGGAGAGAUCAGCACCACAUGCUGACCCAUGGUGCUGGUAAUCGCAAGUUCAAAUGCACAGAGUGCGGCAAGGCCUUUAAGUACAAACACCAUCUGAAGGAACACCUGCGAAUUCAUAGUGGUGAAAAGCCAUAUGAGUGCCCAAACUGCAAGAAGCGCUUCUCUCAUUCCGGUUCCUACAGCUCACACAUCAGUAGCAAGAAGUGCAUUGGCCUGAUUUCAGUCAAUGGCAGGAUGCGACCCAGCUUAAAACCGGGCUCCUCUCCUACUUCAGCUUCCUCCUCCCCUACCAAUUCAGCAAUUACCCAGUUGAGGCACAAGCUGGAGAAUGGCAAGCCACUUGGUAUUCCUGACCAGACAGGACUACUUAAAAUCAAGACAGAGCCAUUAGAUUUCAAUGACUACAAGGCUAUGAUGGCUUCCCAUGGAUUUGGCUCUUUCCCAAAUGGUGGGGUAGGAACUGGCAGCCCAAUGUCAAUCAAUAGCUCAGUUCUGAGUCCCAUGCAGCACUUUGGCGUAAGCAUGGAAGCACCAGUAGUGGGUUUUCCAAAUGUAGCAAACAGUAACUUAAGUGAAGUCCAAAAAGUCCUCAAAAUUGUUGACAAUACUGUGUGUAGACAAAAAAUGGACUGCAAAUCUGAAGAGAUUUCAAGACUUAAAGGUUAUCACGUGAAAGAGCCACAAUCUCAAGCUUCCCUGGCUGAGGAGCAAGGAAUUACCUCCCCUGUUAUGCCAUCAGUCGGUCUUCCAGUAGUCAGCCAUAAUGGUGCCACUAAAAGUAUUAUCGACUACACACUAGAGAAGGUGAAUGAAGCCAAAGCUUGUCUUCAGAGUUUGAACACGGACUCGCAAAGGCAAAUGAACAAUUUGAAAAAAGACAGGCUACGGAACAUGAGCUGUUCAGCUUUAGAUCUUGGCAUGGAUGAAAAGACAUUUGAAAACAACCAUGUGUCCCCUUACUCCUGCCAGUUCUGCAGGGAGGUUUUCCCUGGUCCCAUUCCCUUACAUCAGCACGAACGCUACAUGUGCAAGAUGAAUGAAGAAAUCAAAGCUGUGCUUCAGCCCAAUGAAGUUGUGACGUCAAAUAAACCAGGGAUGCUGGGUGAAAGGCAUGCGUAUAUGUUGUCCUCCCUCCUUUCAGAAAAAAAUAUUCCCAACCCCAUAAAUGCUUAUAAGGACCACAUGUCUGUAUUAAAAGCUUAUUAUGCCAUGAAUAUGGAGCCAAAUUCUGAAGAACUACUGAAAAUUUCCAUUGCUGUUGGCCUCCCUCAGGAUUUUGUAAAAGAAUGGUUUGAGCAAAGGAAGCUCUGUCAAUUCUCCCAUUCCAGGUCACCAACACUGGAACGGACCAGUGCUGAGUUGGCACUGACUACCACUGAGACUUUCAUAAAUAAAGACUGUCUGUCAGCUAAGCUUCCAGCAGCAGCGUUAAAGCCGAUGGACUCAAUAACAUCACCUUCAAUAGCAGAACUGCACAACAGUGUUACUAAUUGUGAUGCACCUCUCAGGCUUAAUAAAUCUCAGUUUAUCAGUAUUAAACCCAUUGGUGAUAAGAUGGACCACUCAAGGAGCAAUACUCCUUCCCCUUUGAAUCUUUCCUCUACUUCCUCUAAGAACUCCCAUAGUAGCUCAUACACUCCAAACAGCUUUUCUUCAGAAGAGCCUCAGGCUGAGCCACUGGACUUGUCUUUGCCAAGACAAAAGAAUGAACAUAAAAGCCUUGUCACGGGAAAAAUAAGAAAUAAAGCCAAUAGUGUUAUCAUUGACCAUAACAGUAUUUCCUAUCCAUCAGAGAAUCCAGAUGAGCCCUUGAACUUGACUUUCCUAAAGAAGGAAUUACCUAAUAUGAACAACACCUUAGAUAAAAGCACUAAGCCAGUAUAUAGUACAAAUCCAUUUAGUGCCAAACCUUUGUACACAGCUCUUCCACCACAAAACGCUUUUCCCUCAGCUGCUUUCAUGCCUUCGGUCCAGAAUAAUAUUACAAAUCUGCGACCGUACCCAGGGCUAGAUCAAAUGGGCUUCCUCCCACAUAUGGCCUACACAUAUGCAACAGGUGCAGCUAACUUUGCAGAAAUGCAGCAGAGAAGAAAGUACCAACGAAAGCAAACGUUCCAGGGGGAAUUGCUUGAUGGAACCACAGAUUACAUGUCAGGCUUGGAUGACAUGACAGAUUCAGAUUCUUGUCUGUCCCGAAAGAAGAUCAAGAAGACAGAAAGUGGCAUGUAUGCAUGUGACUUGUGUGACAAAACAUUCCAGAAAAGCAGUUCCCUUCUGCGACAUAAAUAUGAGCACACAGGAAAGCGGCCACAUCAAUGUCAAAUUUGUAAGAAAGCUUUUAAACACAAGCAUCAUCUUAUUGAACAUUCACGACUGCACUCUGGUGAGAAACCAUAUCAGUGUGACAAGUGUGGCAAACGCUUUUCACACUCAGGAUCGUACUCACAACACAUGAACCAUAGAUAUUCCUAUUGCAAGCGGGAGGCAGAGGAAAGGGAAGCAGCCGAGCGAGAGGCCCGUCAGAAGGGCCACUUAGAACCUGCGGAGCUACUGAUGAAUCGGCCCUACUUACAAAGCAUUACUCCUCAGGGGUACUCAGACUCUGAGGAGCGAGAAAGCAUGUCAAGAGAGGUGGAGAGUGAACGAGAGCAGGAAAAAGAAGGAGAAGAGGAUGAGGAGAAACUGGUCAGACAAGAUGGGGAAGAGGAAUUUGACGAAGAGGAAGAAGAAGAGAGUGAAAAUAAAAGCAUGGAUACAGAUCAGGACACAAUAAGAGAUGAAGAGGAGAAUGGUGACCACUCAAUGGACGAUAGCUCAGUUGACGAGAAAACGGAAACCAAAUCAGAACAUGAAGACAACGUGGAAGAUGGCAUAUAAUAACUACUGCAUUUUAGCUUCCUACUUCUUCCAGUAGUAUUGUUACUUGCUUGAAACACUGCUGUGUUAAGCUGUACAUGCACGUGCCUGAUGCUUCCUGGAAGCCUGAGUGUUGGACAGAUGGGGCAGUCUGUCAGAUGCAAAAAAUAGGAAAAAAAAGAAAAAAAACAAGACAGUGUUAGGACGAAUUAGUCAAGUUUGGGUUGUGAAGAGUUGCAUUAUGCAAAAAAAAAAUGUUCAGUGUUAGGGCCUAAAAAAAUGUGUGGUUCCAGCAGCCUAAAUUACCCUUCUGUCAAUAGUUUUUUUUAGCACAAAAUAUUGGAGUAUAUUGCAUUACAUGCCACUUGUAUUACUACACAAAAUUUUACAAUGUAUUGUCUGUGUUUUCUACCUAUGUAUAUUAUUACACAAGAGCAACUUGAAAAUGAAAUGCUUGUGCUUUUACCCAUACAUGCAGUAUUUUAGUGGACUGUUCGUAGUUUGACCGAGCCAUUAGGCCUAAUUCUGCAACCACACAAUAUUUUAGGUUCCCAAGAAUUCUUUGAAGGAUCAUGAAAUGAUGCACGUGUAAUUUUCAGAAAAUGAAGUCUUAAAGUGGCCCAGCUAUGGAGGAAAAGAGAGAGAGAGAGAGCGCGCGAGAGAGCGUGAGUGCGUGAGCGAUUGAGAGAGAGAGAGAGAGAGAGAGAGAGAGAGAGAGAGAGAGGCAGAGGAGGUGGAGAAAGCCUUUUGAAAGGUGGUUUUAAAAAGCCUUAUAUGCAAACCUUUUAAUCUGUGUGUUCUGCAAGUGCCAUCCUUGUAUAGUGCUAAAUUAAGGUAACUAAAGUUACCUUGCACCAGCUUCAGUGUUAAACAGCUCACCCUGUUCUUUGAAGCACCCAUGUCAGUAUUAGAAUCUAGGCAGCAGUUCCUUAGUUUACAUACGUAUGUUUGUGCAAUUUUCUGUACUUUUUUUGUUCAUUAACUUGUCAGUAUUACACCAAACUUUGCAACAAUUUGCAUUCAUUUUAUUUUAGGUCAAAUAACAUUUAUUUAUGUUGCUCAUUUUAUAUUUCCUAAUUUUAUUUAUUUCAUACUGUAGUGUACAGUAUUAUAGUUCUUCAAUAUAUAGAUAUAUUUUAGUAAAGGAACAUGAGGUUGAUCAUUUGGGCAAAUUUUACGUAAUGAGAAGAGCAUUUAUUGUGUUUUCAAACAUUAAUUGUGAGAUACGAAUUUUCGAUUUAUUAUUUUAUUUUGUUUUCCAAUUACUGGAUUCCAAAUUUGAGAACUUUUGAUACGAUCUUGUGAAAACACUGUAUUUUCGACUGAAAAUUCCACUUUCUUCAUCUGUUUUUUAGCUAAAAAAAAAGAGGGACUGUUAAAAUACAAUGUAUGAUACCAUGACAGAAAUCUUUCCUGAAUUGUCUUUGUAAAAGUAUUAUUAAAUUUUCAAUUUGUAAUUUCUCUUUGAAAUGACCAUGCUCGAAUAAAAUGUAGCCAAACUAGGACCUGUUACGUGCAGCUUAAGGUUCUAUGGACAUCACUACAGCAAACAGAUGUGCAUAAUAAUGUAUAAUGUUUCCUUCCUAACUGUAGGAUUGUCUUCAAACCAUAAAGAAUUACAUUUUCAUCCAUAGCAUUGUUAACAAAAAAAAUAUUUAUUAACUUAAAAUUUAUAUUGUCGUCCUAUUUAUUUCACUCAAUGUCCACUUUUAUAUUUCUCUCACCAUCUCAAAAUAAACAAAAUUAUAUGGUUGGAUUUAUUUCAUAAGCUUGCUGAGGGGAAAACAAGUGACUAAAUGAGUGCUGGACACGUUGUAUAAAACUGACGUUGCACGAAGGAGAUUUAUUCCAUGGGGGUAGCCUGUUUUUUUUGUUGAUUCAUGCUUUAGAGGUGAUCUGCACCCAGACCUGCAGGGUACGUUCUUUCAUCCACUGUUCCAAUAAGGUGUAAAGCACUGUCAAGCAAUGUAACACAACUGGUGCAUAAAACAAGGACUUUGUUUAAAGAGACACAUCUAGAUUUUAUUAGUAGUAAUUAAUUUGAAGGAAAAUCAAUAUUGAGCUUUUGAUUAAGGAUACAGUACUUUUAAAGUUGUGCACACAGCUUCAUCACUUUAUAAUACAGGCUGAACAAAAUGAACUACUGCCUUUUUUGAAAUAAAGAGAGUGGGUUUCUUGAAGGAAUAGGUCAUAGUCAUUUGAACAGUGCCUCCAUAAUAUUGUAACUGGGGUCUGGUUACACUUAAGUCUGAAUUUCCAGUAGGCGAUUAAGAUACAUUACAUGUAAGGAAGACAAAUCGGAGAUCAGAUGAUAUCUAAAGGACUAGUGAUUGUGAUUGACGUGCAGUUUUUUUUGAACUGCCAAACCAUUGAUUUUAAAUGGCUUUUACAGCUCAUUUAAGUUGAUCUCAGGAAUAUACCAAUUAAUUGAUUGGUGUCUUAAAACAAAACAUCAAUUUCUUACUGGUGCAAGUUGAGAGGAAGACUUUUAAAAGACAUCCAUUACAAAAUCCAAUUAAAAAAGGUAAUGUCAGACUUGCCUGAGGUUGUAAAAUUCUUUUCAGCUAUUCAGCUUUAUACGUAAGCAAGCUAGCUAAAAUUACUUCAACACUCUACCAUUUAAAAUGUAACCACUUUUUCUUAAUUUUUUUUAUUUUAAAACCCAUAAAUGCUUCAUAAGGUGCAUUUACACUUUGUGUUGGUAUAGAAGUUUUUCUACUAACAAGAAUUUCUCUUACCAUCAGCUAUGAUUUUGCAUUUUAAUAGCACUGUAGAUACUAGCUUUCUAUAAAAAGAAUUGAUAAUUUCCCAUUGAACAAACCUUUCUUAAUUUUUUACUUGUAUUUUCUGAGAACUUAAAAUAUUUUAUAUUAAAUUAAAGGGAAGUCACAGAACUGUAAUGAUUGAAAAUUUCAUAGGAUUUUACUUCGUAUUACAUUCCCCACAACCAAAAAAUAUACUAGAAUCCCAUAAUUGCAUUGACAACGAAGUCUGAUAGAGUGUAAUUCAUAGGGUAACAAAAUAAAGCAAGUUUCAAUCUCAAGUUCAACUUCCCUUAUUUAAAAACCUGCAGUGCACUAUUGAAGGCAGCAUUUGGGAUUUCAAUAAUAGCCAAGCAAUUUGUUCAAAUAAUUGGAGGUAGAUUCUUACCAUUCACAGUAUCUUAAACCAUCAUUAGUGACUUUUAAGGCAUUACUUUGUACACUCAGAAUUCUGAGUUUCUGUAAGGCUGCUCGAGCAGCUUCUCUGCUUGACCAGAUUUGAGACUGUGUAGCAGUGAUUAUACAUUUCUUGUGACAUUAGGAAAAUAGUCAAAAUAAAUAUGCAAGGAUAAGUCCCCUAUAGCAUUUUUACAUUUAUUUUCUUAAAUACUUGUUCGCAAUAUUAAAGGGAGAAAAAGCUUUGUUCCUUAAUGCUUUACUGCAUUGGCAGGUAUGGAUAUGGACAGCACUUUAAACAAGACUGUUGUUUAAGUGCUCUCUGAAGAUCUGUGAAAUAGCUUGGACAUAAUUGUCUGCAAGAAUAAAAGUAGUAAAGAUGAUUAUAUGUCUGUUGGAGAAUGCCUGGAGCAUUUUGGUAAUAUUUUCACUGAACAUCCAUAGCAAUAGAAGAGCCUUUAAAAGAAGGACUGUAGUAAAAUAUACAUGUUUCAUUCAAAGUGCCCAUAAAGCAGUAUAAAGUGAAGCUUUUAAACCCUUUGCCAUCUAAGGUUUUUUUUUCAUUUUGUUCUGUAAUUUCUUUUACGAUUGAUUGAUUUUUAGUUGUAAGAAUCAGCUCACAAGAAUCCUUGAGAAUAAUAAUAUUAUAAUCCCUCUAAGGAGAGGAAGAAGUAUAUUUUUUUUCCUUGAGCUUGACCCUUAAUACAACAGCAGAUUUCUUCUUGUUACUACCUAUAUUCACAAUAAUAUAAAAUAUUACAUGAAAUGAUCCCCUUUGGAUCACUGUAAAGAGAUCAGUUUAAUUCCCAAUCCAACCGUGGGAAAUAACCAAACAGAUAACGUAUUAAUAACCUCAAAAUGGUUUAGAGGUUAUUGCGUACUCUGUUCUAACAUGUAUAAAGAGAUCUUAUUUAUUUUCGUACUUAAGCAUGUUUGUUGUUAGGACAUGGGUAGAAAGGUUUGUAAAGUGAUAAAAAUAGAAGUAAGAUUUCUAGAGUUGAUUGGAUUCUGUGUGGACGUGUGAGUGAACAUUUCUGAAGAAAGCCCAUGAAUGCUGUCAUUAACACGUUAAACAAGAACGCAGCAAAGGCAGGUUUAUAAAUAGUGAUCUAAUAAAAGAAAACAAAGACAUGUUGCCUUGUUCCAUCAAAUUUUAAAGAAGUCUGGACACAGCUGUGCCAAUGGUAACAGCAUAAAAUCAGUGUUUUGAACAAAUUCUACAAUGGACCAUCUGAUUUUUUUUUCAGUUUCAGUAAAUGAUUGAACUGCACUUAACAUUCAAGCCACGAAGUCCAUACAAUUUAAACAGUCCACAUUACUUUUUCGAGAAACAUACUUCAUGAUUUGGAAUGUAGUUAGGCUUCAGAUUGCUCCCUUUAAAAAAUUCAAUAAAGCAAUACAAAAAGCUAAUACUAAAUAAAUUUGUUUUCUUCUGCUGUAAAUGCGCAAUGGUGUCUGCAUGUGCUGUUACCAUCAGAAGUGUUGCUACCAAAAUUAAUGGGAUUUCUUACUGAAAAUUAGAAUUUCAAUCUUGGGUCCUAACACACGGUCACAUCACAACUGUUAAAUGUAUUUUACAGUGGGACUAAUGAUGUGUAUGCAACUGGAACAGAAAUGUUAGUGUAGAAUUGAUCUGCACUGUACAAAAUGAAGAAGAUUGUCAUUCAGAGAAUUUGAAGAAUGAGGGAGUCAAAAGUUUACUUAUUAUAUAAAAUUAACUUUUUAAAUAAAUUAUUACAGAAAUGCUUUGAUCAAAUGAUGAUGUGAUGAGAAUGAUAUUUUAGCAUGUGAUCUGAAUAUGAUAAAAAUGCCAUUUAAUAAUUCCUCAGCAAGUUACAUUGCAGUUACUUUAUGCAUCAUAUCUAAUGGAGAGAAUUUUGUACAAGCUGUAAACCAUUUUUAAAACAUAUGCCGGAUGCAUUCGACUGUAAUCAAUAAAGCACAAUUAAUAUGCACAACACUGACUAAAUACUGUUAAACCACACAAGACAAGUUAUAA